GGGCGCUCUAUGCAAACAAACAACAGAAAACUUUUUACACAUGUUGUUUCGAAGGAAAUGUGGCUGUUUCUGUGUUGUAAUGUUUAAUGGGCUUAGAUACAAAUAAUUGCAACCGUAGGCCUAGGUUGAUUGUUUUGGGACAUCAUGGCCAAAGUGAUAGCCUUCCACAUAUAUCAUGAUGCCAAUGUUUGUGUUUGUGUUGGAGGAAAACUGGUUGUGGUACUUGAACUUGAGAGGUUGUUUCAACAAAGAUAUUAUUGCAGUCCAGCGAAGCGAGAUGUGUUCCUGAAACAGUGGAGUGAAGCAAUCCAAAAGGUUCAGGCAUUUUCUAAAAUUGAUGAAUUUGAUAUUGCGGUUACAAGUUGGGUCAUGCCAACUCCUCUUAAACUUUUGAAGACUCUGGUUAAAGCUGAUCAGUGGGUAACUGCCAGCCACCAUGACUGCCAUGCCUCCCUUGGAUUCUAUGAUUCACCAUUCAAUGAUGCAUUAAUCUUUUCAUAUGAUGGAGGAGGAAAUGAUGGAGCAUUCAACGUCUAUCACGGCAACAGAAGUGAUGGAAUUAAACAUAUAGAAAGAGUUCCAUUAAACCUUGGGAUUCGGUACCGUUCUCUUACCCGUACUAUUCCUGCAAUUACUAAAAAGGAAUUCAACCCAAAUGUGAUGCAUAUGUAUACAGGCCAUGCUCCUCUAGCAUUGACAGGAAAGAUGAUGGGAUACUCAGCUUUGGGUAAUGUCCGUAAGGAAUGGAUUCCAGCAUUCAGGGAGUACUAUGAGCUUCGCACUAAUGACUUGGGAUUAUUCUUUCAACUUGGUCACAGAAUAGGACUGUCGCUAGAAGAAAAUUCACUUGAUGAACAGAAUGCAAGGGAUGUAUCUGCCACAAAUCAAUAUGUAUUUACCCUCAUAAUUUGUGAACAGAUUGAUUUAUUUCUGGAAAGGUUCACUUCUGUUGAAGACAACCCAAAACUUGAUGGUAUAGUUUUGACUGGUGGCUGUGCAUUGAACGUAAAUGCCAAUCAAGUAAUAGUCAGCAAGUUUGGUUACCCUGUGCAUGUACCUUCAGCACCAAAUGAUUGUGGGAUAUCAGUGGGUGCUGCAUGGAUUGUUGUUCCGCCAUCAAGUUCACAAAGAAUCCAAUACUGUGGUCUUCCACUCUUUGAUGCCAACAUGUUAAAUCACUUUUCAAAGUUGCGUGAAGCAAGACAAGUUUCGGUUGUAGAGGUUGCAGAGCUUCUAACAGAAGGUGCGGUCAUAGGACUUGUCAGAGGACGACAAGAGUUUGGACCGAGGGCUCUUGGGCACCGAUCAGUAAUAGCAUUUCCAGAUAAAGCUGAUGUGAGGGAACGUGUCAAUACUCUGAAGAGUCGUGAAUGGUUCCGCCCCCUCUGCCCUUCAGUUACGGAGGAAUUUGCCUCUAAAAUAGUAAUGGGUGACUGUGAAAAGUUUGUCACUGAAUUUUAUCAGAAGAAUAACACUUUGAAGCCCAAUGUCUAUGGACUUUGUGACUGGACAAUGUCUUCAACCCUGCGUCUCAAUAAGGAUGGGAACUAUAAACAAUGGGCACCUUCCUCACCAUAUAUGUCCUUUUCUCCACUUCUAACUGAAGAGUCGCAGAAACAAUUUCCUGCCAUCGCCCAUUAUGAUGGAACAGCAAGAUAUCAAACUGUAUCAAAAGAGGAUGAACCGUGGUACCAUUCGCUACUGCAUGAGGUUGGUAAGAGGACAGGUGGGAGCGAAAUUCUGCUCAAUACAUCUUUUAACAUCAAGGGAAAACCAAUCUUGAAUCGUAUCAGCACUGCUCUACAAGUCUUAGAUGACGCCCCUCCUGGUUUCCUAGAUUAUGUCAUUGUUGAAGAUUGGCUGUUUACACCAAAGUCACAACAAAAUAGUUAACAACAGGAGGGUUAGAGUUAAAAUGCCUGUCAUAAAGUUAGUAGUACUAUUAAUUAUGAUUAUAUUGGUAAGUCAGAACUCUGAGCUCAGUAGUGAAAAAUAAGUACUGCAAAGUGGGGUCCCUAAUCUU